AAAGGAUAAAGGAAACAUACAUAACCUAAAAGUAGAAGACUGUCACCAAAAUCGAAAUGGAAGUCUGCGUCGAUAGCUUGCAAUCAGCUUUGAACGCUUUCAAAGGUGGUGCCUCUAGAAUAGAACUGUGUUCCUCACUGAAUGACGGAGGUCUGACGCCGUCUCUGGGUUUCUAUCUUCAGGUAAAAUCCGAGCUAACAAUCCCAAUCUUCAUAAUGAUCCGACCCAGGCCUGGCUACGACUUUGUCUACAGUCCAGGUGACAUUCAAAUCAUGAAAAACGACAUAAAACAGUUUAAAGAAAACGGUGCCGAAGGCUUUGUUUUCGGCGCGUUAACAAAAGACAGAAGUAUCGAUGUUGAAGCCUGUAAAAUUCUGAUGGAAAUUGCAAAUCCACUUCCUGUAACCUUCCACAGAGCAUUUGAUUUGGUUGCUGACCCCUUCAAAUCAUUGGACGCCAUCAUAGAUCUGGGGUUCUCAAGAGUUUUAAGCAGCGGACAGAAGCCUAGCACUGAGAAAGGUGUUGAUUUAAUCAAAAAACUGGUAAAACAUGCUGACAAUCGACUAAUUAUCAUGCCUGGCGGUGGAAUCAACAUCUCCAACCUGACCAUGAUUCUUCAAGAAACUGGCGUUAAAGAAUUCCAUGCGUCUGCUUCAAAACAGGUGGAAUUUUUUGAAAAGUCUAGUUAUGUCAUCAGCGUGUUUGGUGCAGCAGCGUCAAGUAUCAAAAUCACUGACGUAGAAUUAGUGAAAGAUUUGGUUUCUGAAUAUGAAAAAUGCAUGAAAAAACACGUUCUAUAAAAAUACUAUUUCAUUCAUCUAGAAUAAUUCAAACCAAUAUAUAAUAAAUAUUCAUAUACAUGAUUUCAAAUCAAUAUGAUUUUUUGCUUCAAAAACACAUUUUACUUUUUAAGAAUACAAACAACUUCAAAUUAUUAAAAUAUAAUAAUUUUUCACUUUAAACACAUUAUAGGAAAACUCCAUAAAAUUGACAUGUGGUUGCAAUAAAAAGAUCUAUAUCAACUUAUCUACUUUUUCAGAUGGAAUUGACAAAUGAUAACUUAUUAUAAUUUGAACAUACAGUAAUAAUUUUCUUUCAGUUGAAUGCGUCAUCACACAAGAUAGCAAUGCAUUUUGUAAUAUCAAAAAUGCAAUAACUUUGUUACCUACAGAUUUAUUAAAAUUAUCUAUUUUAUAUAUUAUUUCGAAUUAUUGUCUCAAGCAACAUCAAAUUUACAAUCACAAUAAAAUUACGUUAUUUUAUGGUACAAGCUCAAAUCUUGCAUUAAUUCAUUUCAAGUAAUCAUAGCGUAGUAUUGUGAAAGUCGCAAGUUUUUAAUUAAUAAGAAGAUCUUGCUGUGAUAUGAUUAUGGUUCGUUUGAAUAGAAUAUUUACACUGUUAAUACGGCUUACAUUUACUGACAUGUGGUUACAAUAAAAAGAUCUAUAUCAACUUAUCUACUUUUUCAGAUGGAAUUGACAAAUGAUAACUUAUUAAUCAUAAUCAAAAAUGCAAUAACUUUGUUACCUACAUAGAUUUAUUAAAAUUAUCUAUUUUA